GAGCCGAAGUCAGUCGGAGCCGAAAUCGGAGCCGAAGUCAGUCGGAGCCGAAAUCGGAGCCGAAGUCAGUCGGAGCCGAAGUCGGAGCCGAAGUCAGUCGGAGCCGAAGUCGGAGCCGUAAUCGGAGCCGAAGUCGGAGCCGUAAUCGGAGCCGUAAUCGGAGCCGAAAUCGGAGCCGAAAUCGGAGCCGAAAUCGGAGCCGAAAUCGGAGCCGAAGGAAACAUGGCGGCGGCGUCGCGUCGGGCCUUGCAUUUCGUCUUCAAAGUGGGCGACCGGCCUCGCACGGCGCGUUUCUACCGGGACCUGCUCGGAAUGCAGAUUCUGCGACACGAGGAGUUUGAGGAAGGCUGCAAAGCGACUUGUAACGGGCCUUAUGAUGGGAAAUGGAGUAAGACCAUGGUAGGCUACGGGCCAGAAGACGAUCACUUUGUGGCAGAACUCACUUACAAUUAUGGCGUCGGCAACUAUAAGCUUGGGAACGACUUCAUGGGCCUCACCCUGGUGUCGAGUCAGGCCGUCAGCAACGCCCGGAAGCUGGAGUGGCCACUCAGAGAAGUCUCAGAUGGGGUUUUUGAAGCUGAAGCCCCGGGCGGAUACAAAUUCUACCUCCAAGACAGUGAGCAGCCCGAAGCGGACCCUGUGCUGAAAGUCACUCUGGGAGUGUCCAACCUGCAGAAUUCCGUCAAUUACUGGGCCAAUCUGCUGGGAAUGAAAGUUUACGAGAAGGAAGAUGACAAACAAAGGGCUUUGCUGGGCUACGCGGACAACCAGUGUAAGCUGGAGCUGCGGGGCAUCACAGGGCCGGUGGACCACGGCACCGCUUUCGGGAGGAUCGCCUUCUCUUGCCCGAAGGACCAGUUACCAAACAUUGAAGCUGUGAUGAAAAAGGAGAAUCAGAAGAUUCUAACUCCUUUAGUGAGUCUGGACACGCCAGGAAAAGCCACCGUGCAAGUGGUUAUUCUGGCGGACCCUGACGGACAUGAAAUCUGCUUUGUGGGGGACGAAGCGUUCCGAGAGCUUUCCAGGGUGGAUCCCGGCGGAAGUCAACUGUUGGAUGACGCAAUGGCAGCAGACAAAAGUGAAGAAUGGUUUGCCAAAAACAAAAUGCAGAAGGCUUCCGCUUAGUGGCAGAUGGCCCGGUUGGACAAUUGCACCUUAAUUCUGAAUCUGGCUCAGCACCUGUGAGGGUUACAUUUUCCAUCCAUGACACGUGGUCGCGUUCUGUUGCCUUCAGGGUAGAUCAUUACAACGGUAUGUGAUCAGGUGAUAAUCCAUUCCAGCGCUUUAAAAAUCGGGGUUCUUUCAAAUCCCCAGGAACUUGUGGUCCACAAGCAGGAGAGGCUGUUGCUAAGGGAGGAGUAGAUUCUGUGGUCAUUCUUGGGUUUGGGAUGAGAAAACUGUUGAAAUGAGGACUGAGCCUGCAGGAAUGUUAUUUUUGCUUGGAGGUGGCAAGGAUUUUUGGAUACAGCAGGUAUGUGUCCAAGGUUUUGGAAUUAAAAUACCCAAAGCCUGGUCUCCCAGAGAGUCCCAAAUCCAGCCUUGCACAGUUAAUGUAACCACUGAGACCAAGGAACCCCUGCAACGCAAAGCUGCCGAUGAACGGAAGGAUCGUGAGCAAUUCAAGAAAAUAAAGUACUGGCCUUCCACCCAGGUGAAGCGUGGGAGGAGGUAAAAUAUGAA